AAUACCGCGAUGAAAAUAAUCUGAGAACAGUUUUAACGGAUAACUAUCACUAUAAUUAAUAAUAUGGAGCAGUGGCACGGUAAACUUGCAAUUGUCACCGGAGCUAGUUCCGGUAUAGGUGCUGCCAUCUGCGAGCGUCUAGUCAAAGGAGGAUUACAGGUUGUGGGGCUUGCAAGACGUACAUCUCGUGUUGAAUCCUUAUCAAAAACAUUAAAAACAAACAAAAACGGAGUUUUACACGCGGUUUACUGUGACGUCACUUCCGAGGCGUCCAUUUUGGAAGCCUUUAAGCAAAUUGUUGCUAAAUAUGGCCCGCCGUCGAUUUUAAUCAACAACGCAGGGAUUCUCACUGAUACUAAUCUCAUAGAUGGCGACACGGCUUUGUGGAAGAAAAUUUUAGACACUAAUGUGUUGGGAUUAUGUAUUGGGACUCGAGAAGCUAUAAAAUUAAUGAUGGCGAAUAAAAUCGACGGACAUAUUAUACACAUUAACAGUAUACUUGGGCAUAUGCAUUAUUAUGCUGAUGGGAUUAAUGUCUAUGGGGCUAGUAAGCAUGCAGUUACUAAUUUGACGGAAGUACUCAGAAAGGAACUUAUUGAUAAGAAAUCAAAGAUUAAAGUCACUAGUUUGAGUCCUGGUAUUGUUCAAACUGAGAUUUUUGAUAACAGUUCGACUGAAUGUAAGAAACUGCCGCAAGCUGUGGCGCUUAAUCCUAUGGAUAUUGCUGAUGGGGUGGCUUAUGUGCUAUCAACACCGAAACAUGUUCAAGUGCAUGAAUUAACUAUUAAACCUAUUGGUGAACCAGUUUAAGUAACUUUUAGUUAAAUUUUUUGAAUGUAAAAAUUUUGUUUUCAUUAAGUUAGGAAUAACGGUCUAAAAAUAGAAAAUUUUUGAUUUUGUUUAGUUUUAUGUAUUUUAUUCAGAAGAUAAUGGAGAUAUCCUAAAAUUCUUUUUAGUAGUUGAUUCUAUAUUAAAUUUUACAUGUAUAUAUGUUAAAUUUUAAGUUAUGAAAUUGUUUUUGUAGCUUUUAUUGACAAAUGAAACAGUUAUAUUAAAAUUUUUAAAGUUGCAA